UGGUCCGUCUACGUGUACACGCCGCCUCGGCGUCCCAUCCGUACGCUGGACGCUUCUUUCCUCACCGUUUCAUCGCCUUUUAUUCCGGACGAACUCCCUCCGAGAAGACUAUCGGUCGGAGCGCCAAUUAUCACUCUCUACUGGGUCCCGGCGAAGACCCAGAAACCCCAAGCUCUCUCACGAUCGAAACCCUAGGUCUCUCUUCUUUCAGCCGGUGAAUCGAAUUGGUUAUUUGGUUUUAUUGGCUCCACUGAUCUCCGGCGGCGGGUGGCUGCGGAGGAUGGAUAUCUUGGAGAGGAACCUGGAGCUGAGGGAGAGACAGCGACUGGAAGGUCACACCGAUCGAGUCUGGAGCCUGGCAUGGAAUCCGGCGGCCGGAGUCUCUGGGAUUCCGGCGAUGCUGGCCUCUUGCAGCGGCGACAAGACCGUCAGGAUCUGGCAGCAGGAUCCCUCUGGUUCUUGGGAUUGCUUGGCUGUUUUGGAAGAUACUCAUACUCGCACAGUCAGGUCUUGUGCUUGGUCUCCUAGUGGAAAGUUAUUGGCAACAGCAAGUUUUGAUGCUGCUACUGCUGUCUGGGAACAUAUUGGUGGGGACUUCGAAUGUGUUGCUACACUGGAAGGUCAUGAAAAUGAAGUCAAGAGUGUCUCAUGGAAUGCUUCUGGUUCCUUGCUAGCCACAUGUAGUCGAGAUAAGACUGUUUGGAUAUGGGAAGUGCAACCUGGUAAUGAGUUUGAGUGUGUAUCAGUCUUGCAAGGUCAUACACAGGAUGUCAAGAUGGUGCAGUGGCACCCAUUUUUGGAUGUUUUGGUUUCUGUCAGCUAUGACAAUUCAGUCAAGAUCUGGGCAGAGGAUGGCGACAGUGAUGAUUGGCAUUGUGUGCAAACACUAAAUGAAGCUAGCAGUGGUCAUACAUCAACAGUCUGGGCAGUGUCUUUCAGCUCUAAUGGAGAUAGAAUGGUUACCUGCAGUGAUGAUCUGACAUUAAAGAUAUGGGACACUAGUAGCAACCCAUCUGAGACAAGUGACAGUAACUGUGGAUCUUGGAGACAUCUCUGUACUAUCUCUGGUUAUCAUGAUCGAACCAUAUUUUCAGUUAAUUGGUCAAGGGAGGGUGUAAUCGCUAGUGGAGCAGCUGAUGAUGCUAUUCGUCUUUUUCUUGAGAGUAAAGACAAUUCGGUUGAUGCACCAUCCUACAAGUUAUUGUCUAAGAAAGAAAAGGCCCAUGACAUGGAUGUAAACUCAGUACAAUGGAAUCCUAAGGAACCUGGAGUACUGGCCUCAGCCAGUGAUGAUGGGACAAUAAAGAUAUGGGAACUAUUGGAAGUACCCCGAUGAUAAUUUUUGCUGUAUGCAGGCUUACGUCGGAUGUCUUUCAUUUAAUUGAUGGGUCUGCAGAGUAGGAGCCGAAAUAAGUCAAGGACAUGGUAGUCUCAUGGUGCUCUUGUGAGACUACUGGCAUAGACAUUUUAUUCAUGCUUGCCUUCUCAAAUUUCUUCUUGUGACCACCCUUUUUAUCUCUAUCCAAAUGAAAAUGUGUGGUGAGGUGAGAAAAACUUGCUUCAGCACGCAUGCAAUCGUGUAUGCAUGUGCACGCGCAUAUGUGCAAGGGAGAGGGUGUGCGGGGGUGUAAUCAUAUUUUUGGAAUCGAUGAUAUCAUUUCUAUGCUUUGUCGUUGUUGGGAUUGUUGCCGGUAGUAGAGUUUUUUAAAGUAUUGUUUUUGCUGGUAUGGUGUUUAACCAAAAGCUGUUU